AUGACGAGAAUCCAGGCUAGCAACGCAAUGAAGUUCCCACAGCAGAGUAUGGACGGGACGGACAAGAUUAGAGUACUAAGUGUACCUCACAUCACCUUGCCAACGCGGCUACAGAGGAAGUCAGAGGGAGCCUAUUCAAGCAUCUACGAUCACUCCCUCAUUAAGAGUCGAUUUGGAUCAGCAGAUAGCAUACUGGGAUUAGUUGAACCAAUCGGAAAGUUGUUCAUCAGAAUCCGUCACAACUCGACAGAAGAGAAGCUGAUAUUGUUAAUCAACAAGGUAAAGGAUCUGCAAUUGCCGGCCAGUGUCAAGCUGAGUAAGAGUCUGAACCCGGUGCUGUAUAUCAAAGGGGGUUUCCUACCCACAAUGGGGCAACGAUUCACCACUAAAUACGCCCCACUUGCAGAGGUACAGUCUCAUACUUUUGAGGUUCAGAAUGUGACAUGGUACAAUGAGUUUUCCAUCCUGGGCGUGUCCAAGUCGGCAGCAUGGCAGCUGACCAUGCGUCUACACCUAUGCUACCGGGAGAACAAACAAGACAGAAUACAAAUUAUCGGAGUUUGUGACGUAGUACUUGGCCGGAUAAAUCUUGAGAACUCACAGGAGAUUACGCUUAACUUCUUCUCCAGUGAGAAGCAAUGUUCUGACCUGGGAGAUAUCCACGUGUCCCUAUGUUACCAGCCACAGCUUCGACGCAUCGUGUUCCUCAUUCUAGAAGCCAGAGACCUUCCUCGUAGCACGCUCUUUGGAAGUAUACAUUCUGUUGCCAAAGUUGAGAUGCUGUGUUCCAGGAAGCGACUGGAGAAGCAGAAAUCCAGGGUAGUUAGGGAGGCCCACAACCCCGUGUGGAACAACCAAAUCGUGUUCACCGUACCGGAUGCCAACACCAAACUACAAGACAUUCUGUUCGUUGUUACAGUACUGCAUGUCGACAUGGUCAAAGGGGGACAUGUUGUUGGCAAGUGUGAGCUUGGCUGGUCUGCAACAUGUGAAGAGCUGGACCAAUGGAACCAAGUCAUGCAGAAUCCAAACAGACCGAUACCAAUGUGGCUGGGCCUACAAUACCCGGACUGAAAACAGCUAGAGCAAGGUUUAGAGAUGCUUAUGAGUCAACUCGGUCCCAAGUCAAC